AUAAUAACAUAGGUGGGCUCGAGGGGGCGGUGGUGUACUGUCAGCGAUUGUUUAGGAAUAUGUAGUCACGCAUUAAUGAAUUUCAGUAAUGAUUCAUCACUCAGGUUCAAACGUUAAAUUGUGCGUUAGAAAAAUAGCAUCAGCGUAACAGAACCGGAGCUCGACAGGUGACCUUUGGUUGUCGUCCCCGUGUCGGUGUGUGAGAGAGCCGGGGAGGAGCAGCGAGUGAGACGUUAGCUAGUUCAGCCAUCAGGAAGAAGUGUCAACGCCUGCACCAAGGGACGAGGAGAAGCCCGUUUGUGGUCAUGGCUGCCCUCGGUAACUCCGGGGCCGCUUCCAGUCCGAUGGUGGUCCUGGCUCCGAAGACUAAAACGAAAAAGAAACAUUUCGUGCAGCAGAAGGUGAAAGUGUUUCGAGCCAGCGACCCCGUCAUGAGCGUCUUCAUGUGGGGCGUCAAUCACUCGAUCAAUGAUCUCAACCAGGUACCGGUUCCGGUCAUGCUGCUGCCGGAUGACUUUAAAGCCAACACUAAGAUCAAAGUCAACAACCACCUCUUCAACAAAGAAAAUCUUCCAGGACAUUUUAAGUUCAAAGAAUACUGUCCUCAGGUCUUCCGAAAUCUAAGGGAACGGUUUGGUAUUGAGGAUCUGGACUAUCAGGUUUCACUGACUCGCAGCCCCCCGAUGAGGAGCGUAGACGACCAGGGGGAGGGCCUGCUCCUCAACUCCUACGACCGAACGCUGGUCAUCAAGCAAAUCUCCAGCGAGGAUGUUGCAGACAUGCACAGCAUCCUGUCUGAGUAUCACCAGCACAUAGUGAAGUGUCACGGCAGCACCCUGCUGCCCCAGUUCCUGGGGAUGUACCGGGUGAGCGUGGACAGCGAGGAGACCUACCUGAUCGUCAUGAGGAACAUGUUCAGCCACAGACUGAUUGUACACAGGAAGUACGACCUGAAGGGCUCUCUGGUGGCUCGUGAAGCAAGUGACAAAGAAAGGGGAAAAGAGCUUCCCACCUACAAGGACAUGGACUUCAGGAACAACCUGCAGAAGGUGUAUGUGACGGAUGAGCAGAAGGAGAAGUUCAUGGAGAAACUCAACAGAGACGUGGAGUUUCUGGUGAGACUGAAGAUCAUGGACUACAGUUUGCUGCUCGGUAUCCACGACGUGGGUCGAGCUGAGCGGGAUGAGGAGGAGGGCGAGGAGGUUUCCAACGAGGAAGAAGCCGACGCGGAGAACGGCCUGGCACCGGGCGCCACAGUGGGCUCCUACGGCACCUCUCCAGAGGGAAUCGCCGGUUACAUGUCCUGCUGCAAACCUCUGGGGCCCGGCGAAUUCGACCCCUAUGUGGAUGUGUACGCACUCGGGAGCUGCCCAGGAGCCCCUCAGAAGGAAGUCUAUUUCAUGGGCCUGAUUGACGUACUCACUCAGUACGACACCAAGAAGAAAGCGGCCCAUGCAGCAAAAACUGUCAAACACGGGGCUGGUGCUGAAAUCUCCACGGUCCACCCCGAGCAGUACGCCAAACGAUUUCGCGACUUCAUCUCCAACAUCUUUGCGUAACACUCGGCUGUGACCGCCGCCGCCGCCACAAGUCGAUCCAACUGAGAGCUAAACUUGUCUUUUUAUCAUUGACCAAAAACUAGUAUGCACACACAGAUCAUGAUUUAAACGUGGUGAUCUGGGGCGAGACUACUUAACGUUUGUAGCAACAUAAUGUACUACUUCUGAUGCAUAUAUUUAUUUUUAAGAUUUACGAUGCGUUUCUUAUACAGUAGACAUGAAGCACUCUUUAACAGAAUAACUCUGGAGCGUCAGGGUACAUUGAAACAAACUGCUGUUGAUCAGUGUUAGACCACAUCUGUGCGAGAUCAAAUAUUAGUUGUUGUGUUUUUUUUUUGUCACUUGGCUUUGGUUCCCUCGGGCAUGAACUAUUCCUUAAAGGAAGAGUUUUACAUUUUGGGGAAGUGCGCUUAUUUGCCUAAUGACAAUAGUUGGAUGAGAAAAUUGAUACCACGUCCGUUAAAGGUUCCCUGUGGAGUUUUUGACCUCUAUUCCUUUCUUUAUGAAUGGGUCCCUGUUAUGUUUGCCUCGUGCACGAGGACGCAGUAUGCGCGCCAUGCUUGGUGUCCCACUAUGCAGCUGAUCUGCAGGUGGCGGCAACACGCCAACACGUGAAGCAAAGUGCCAGCGGUGAAGAAGAAGAAGAAAGCUAGCAAGUGAACAUGGGUGACCCUUAGCUUAGCUUAGCAUAAAGACUGGAAACUGGGGGGAAACGGCUAGCCUGGCUCUGUUCAAAAGUAGAACAUAUCCUCCUGCCAGCGCCUCUAAAGACGACAUUUUGUUAUAAUACUUUUAUGAGAGGUUAUGUGCACAACUUGUCGUUUUUACAUCUCAGUUUUUGUACAGAUUGAACCAAUGUCAGACUGAUCUCAUGUAGCGGUGUAUGUAUGACACGCCAAUUCGCAUGCCAUUAUUGGCGUGUUAUCAAGCCGCUUUUUUAGCGUGUUUAUCGACGCCGUUUGGCCUCCGUUGACUUACAUUACCUUGCGAAUGUGUGUGAAUUUACGUCGUAGCGAGUAAUGCGAAAGGCCGAAAAUCUGCGUAGGGAGCUUGGUCGGGCUGGUGGAUGGGUGCGUGUCACGUUUCCUAAAGUCAACUGACGCUCUCUUCUUUUACUAAAUCCAACCCGCGUGUCACGUUUCCUGAACCCAACCGUAGCUUUCUUAGGCGAUUAACACGCCAAGUGGCGUGUAGGUUUACGUCCGCUGUACACAGCGUAGACCUACACGCGGAUAGCUCAAAAUGCGUACAGAUAACACGCCACUUGGCUAAAGAAAGUGGGCGUGUACGUUUACGCGACGUCACGAUGUCAUGUCGACCAAUGAUAUAACAUGUUAAUUAGCGAGCUUAAAGCUGCUUACACGCCGACCAGACGGCCGACCAUCGGCAGAAAAGCCAGUCGGGCUGAUCGGUCUCCCCGAGUUAGUCAAAAAAAUGCCUCGGAACACGCCGACGAGACGUAAUACGUCUCCAUAGCAGCAGGCGGCGCUAAUCUGUAUUUUCGCCCAAAAAAAUGAAAACCGGCAGCUGAUUGGACGAACGGGUCACGU